UUUUUUUUUCAUAUACAUUACGUGAUACCACCGCUAACAAAUCGUUUUUCGUUAUGAGCUAUGGUACUACGUACCUAUUGCUUUGUGUGCGUUGAAAACGUUUUCUUUUUCUACUGCACAGUGCACACAAAAUCUCUAUGUCUUGAAUAACGUUCCAUUAUAUGGCGAUAAAUAAAAAUACUCAAAUCAAAAUGGAGAGCGCAGUCGAUACGAUUAAACCGUCCAAUUUAAGUUCUAACGCGUACAAAAAAAAAUGUCUUACCAAUUCUGAAUAUUAUACGAUUGCCAAUAAAAUAGAUUCAUGGAUCAAUAACUCUGAUUUUGUUUUAAACAAAUAUGGUAAAAUAAUCGACAGAGCACUAAGUGAAUUUUCCUAGUAAGUGAUAAACUUAUUACUUUAUUGUAUUACUGUAAUGGCCACAUUGGUUUAAAAAUAUCAAUAUUGAAAGCUCUGUACAGCACUCACUUUUCAUAUUUCUAUUAAAAACUAAAGAUUACUCCAACUAAUUAAUAUUUUGAAAUUAUUUUUAAUACCAGAAGUGGCAUGAAGUUAUGUAAUAUGCAAGAUAACAAAUAAUUAUUCAACUUACUCAUCCACUAUUUAUUGAUAAAAUGCCCUAAAAUAAAAUAAAUUGAUCUAAUUUAACUCGCCUUUUCUGUUUAAUUCCUUUUGCAAAAACAUACAAGUUUAAGUCAACUCAUUCUAUUUCCUAUUUAGUUAUCUUACAUACUGUGAGUCUACACCCACAAAACUAAUCUCGUGUUUCCACUGUUUAAUACAUAGAUAAACCAUCGAGUGUGCAUUUAAAAUAAAAAACAAAUAAUUAAUAUUUUAUUUCUAAUGUUACAACAAUUUUUACUACUUUUCAAUUGUUGUAUAAUAUAUUUAAUUUUGUGAAGAAAAUAUAAAACUAUAUACUUUUUGUUUUUAUUGGCUAGUACCAUGUAUAGGUAUUUAGUAUAUUACUGACAUUAAGAAUGAAUAAAUGGGUUAAAUAAAACAUGUACAAAAUACAAAAUUGUUGAUGUAUAAUAUUACAUAUUCAAUAGUUUUCAAUAAAAUAAAAUUACAUUUACCUAAUAACAUGGAAGUUGAGUCUGAUUUUUUUAUUGUCUGAUGAACAAAUUAUUAAUGUACCUACAUGUACUUCAUGUGAAAAUUUAAUAAUUGAUCAUUGGAUUUUCAAUAAUUGUAAACAUGUAUAAAUAUUUAAUAAGAUUAAUUUGAUAUUUGUUGUACACUGAUUACUUCACACUAAUAUAUUUUUUUUUUCUAGUCUAUAUGAAUAUACUGUGAUAAGUAUUGUUGACUCUCGAAUUCAAAACUAUGUUCGUCAACGUCAUCAUAAAGUUUUUAACACUUCAAAUAAUUCUCCAGCGAAUUAUUUAAAAACAAACCCAUUCUCAACUACAAUUUCACCGUAUCAGUACCAACUAAAUUAUAAGCGCACAAAUGUAUUGUAUAACAGGUUAAAAUUUUUAUCCAAAAUUCUACUUUUCAUUUUAUUUAUUUUGUAAAUUCAGAUAAAUUAUUAUAUACUUAUUAGAUACAAAGAAUUGAUUGCUGGUGGUGAUAUGAAAUCUCCAUUGAUAAUGUUGGCUGAUAAUCUGCGUAUGCCAGCCAUGUUAGUAGCGAAAAAUGUGCUGGAAGAACACAUAAAUGAAGAAAAAUUAAAAAAUCAAAUGGAAGAGCAUUAUCGCAAUUAUAACUUAUAUACAGACAAUAAUGCAACACUAUCAAGACAAGAUAUUUAUGUUACCAAAUCAUUAGAUUCUGAAUUAGACUCUACAGCUAAUGUCGACGUUCAGUUAUCGCAAAGUUUAAACUGGCUUAGCAAUAAACUUAUUUCAAUGAGAAAAGUUUCAUCGCCUACUGAUUUACAAGAUGAAUCUAAUAACAGUUUCAUUAAUAACCAUUCAUAUUAUAACCCAAAAACUACUAAAUAUGCUACACCACACCAACUGGCAAAUUCUACGUGGUUAAUACGUACAGAUCCACUUUUGGCUUACCAAGUAUUCAAAUGCUCUGUAAUAGACGGUUAUUAUGGGUCAUGUGUUGAGUUUAUUAAAAGGUAUUAAUUUGUGUAUUCUAUCAGGAAUGCUUUGGUCUAAUUAACAUUUUUUUUUUUAACGUGAUGUAUUUUAUUACAGUUGUACGGGUCGACGAUAUGAACAAAUCUUGGAGGAAAAUAUAAAUUUUAUAACUACGGGUACCAAGGCAAAUAGCAUCGACGGUUCUGCAUCGUACAUAACAGAAAAAGAGUGUCGUCUCCGCGGAUUAGACAUGACACCCGAUACGGUUCUUAACGAACCCAUUGCUGUUUCAUUAUCUGAUACCAAUAAUGAUAUGAAUGACAAUGAUGAAUAUACUGCUACAAAUUACAUUGGAAAAAAUGAUAAGGAAAUACGAGUGUUAAAUUGGAUAGAAUCAAAAGCUAUGUUUGGAGGUCCAGAUCAGUUACGUACUUAUAUGCCUCGUCAGUUAUUUCCUUAUUGGAAUCGUUAUGGCCCUGGAGCUGUGAUCUUCUGGUUUGGACAUAUUUUAGAAGAUGGCGAAGAAGAUAAAGUUGUCCAUCGUGGUGUUUCGAUAAACAAAACCACCUAUGAGAGGAGCGCUUUGAGUAGAUUUCAUAAUAAAACCGUUUAUGAUGAAUCUUCUGCAUUUAGUUUUUGGUCUAAAUAUUGUCUAUUAAUGGAUGGAUUUCCUGAAUCUAGCAGAGUUUUACAGUACAAUUAUAAUUAGCAAUCGGUUUAAUAUUACAAAAAAGAAGAAUUCUACAACAUUUUAAAUGUGUACAUUGUAUUGACCUUUAUUAUAAAAAUAAAAGCAAACAUUUUUAAUUAAAUACUUAUUAUAACAGUUAUGAAUUGAUUAAUUAAUAAUACUAAAAGUAGUUAUUUUAUUAGUAGUAAAUUUAUGUAGCAGAUUGUUUAUAAGAUUUGGUGUUUAAAAUUCGUACACCACACAUAGCACAGAUUCCUUUUUUAUACGCACAACUUUGACAGUAAUGUCUCCCCGGUUCGUGUACUUUUUGUUUACAUAUUCUGCAUGUACCAAAUGCAUACAUCAUUGUAGAUUUCGUUUGAGAUUUGGAUCCUGACAUAGUCUUGAUUUUUCCAAUGGUUUGUAGGUGUUUAUUGUCUUGUUUCUUCACAAGACCCGUGUCAAUUGCAUUACGACAUCCUUGUUUCCACGGAUCGGGCGUGGCCGUGAUACCCAUUUUAUUUUCACACUUUUCACAAACCAUGGCUUCGAAUUUAUUGAGUAUCGUUGAUUUUCUUUUAAAACUGAAUCAUAAGCAAAUGAUCCGCGAACUCGAAUAAUUUCAAUUCUUAUUAUUCUUGACUUCUCGAUAACGAUAAGAAAGCGAGAUAUGAUAACGCGUAACAAAUAGUACCUACCAUUUAAUACCGCAGUUAUUAAAGUUUACAACCGUAAUCAUUACCAUACUGUUACCGCGGUUGCUUUUAUCUAUGGUUGCAGUGAAGAUAACAAUCAAACAAAAACAAAAUAUUAUAUAGGUACGUAAUACGUAUCAUAGUCAGUGGACAAAAACUACAAGGCAUUGCAUGAACAUUUUUUUUUUUUUUAAUGUAAAAUACAUCAUUAUUAUUGUUAUCAUAAAUGCAUAACACUACUAAAAAAAUAUAAACAUAAAAUAUUAUGUGGCUAUUUUCUAUCUGGAAUUGUUUCAUGUCUAAAUUAAGAACUAUUAUAAUAAUGUGUAGGUACCUACCUAUGCGAUGUAUCGUGUAAAAUAAUACAAAACAUUAGCUACAUUUUAAUUAAUACAAUACUAUUAGCCUACAACUUUAGAUUGUUAUUAUAAAUACCUAAUAAUAAUUAGACUGUAUUACAAAACAAAAUUGUAUUUUUGAUAUAACACGCCAAUAAUGAUAUAAAAUUAUUGUACCAAGUUGGACAACUUUUAAAACGUAACACCACGUGUAAGUAUUUAUAAUAUGGACGGUAUUAGUAGAUAUAAAGACAAAAAAAAUGUUUAAGUACAAUAAAUUUAAACAUAGAUAUCUAUAUAAUAAGUAUUUAAAAAAAAAAAAAAAAAUAGAUAUAAUAUAAGAGUAAUAAAUAAUUAUUAAUUAAUACAAUACAUUUUAAUACCUAUAUUAUAAUACCCUGUUUUUUUGUAUAAUUGUAUUUUGUAACCUUCUCGGACGGAUAAACAAUAAAAUAAAAUAUUUAUAGAGUACAUUUGUAUAGAAGAAAUAAAAUGUAAUACAAGAAGUAGGUAUAUUAUACCUAUACCAAUCAUUAUAAUUAGGGCCAACAUUUUUAUGCAUUUACAUAAUUUUAUUGGUUGGUCAAAAAAAAAAUAGCAACUUAAUACCAAAAUGUGUUUCAUGACCUAAUGAGUGUAUACAAAAAUUAAUUUUUUAAUUUAAUUUUAAAAUUUUUAGGGUAAAUUUUAGAAUUUUAAGCGGUUUUAGAGCAUAUUUCAUUGAUUUCUUAAACUUUUAAGACAUUUUUUUUUAACCCAAUGAGAAUCGCAAAAUAACUGUUCAAAAUGUAUUAAUAUCAGUAUUCAACAGACAAGCUGAUAAUAUAUUAGGUACCUGUGUUUUAGAUAAAAUAAAAUAAUAAUUCAAAUUUCUUUUGAUAAAAGUAUUUUUGUUUGGUUUUCAGAUAAAGCGAUACAUAAUAUAUUAAUAGGGAACGGAUUUUGAUGCAAAAUACAUUUUUCAGUGGGUGGCAUGGGGCAAUGUUUUCCACGUACAUAAUUCGAUUCAUACAUCAGAGAAUUUAAAAAUGAAACUUUUAUUUUGCCUUUUUUAACUUGUUUGGUUUUUAAAGCUUUUUUCAUCUUGAGGUAAUUGUUUUUAUAUAUAUAUUUGUUGCUUGGAAUUAUAAAAGUUUUAAAAAUAUACAUUAAAUGCAAAUUGUUUUAAAUGUUUCGUUUUGCCUCGUAAAUUAGUUAUUUUUACGAAGACCUAUAAGUAAUUCCCAUCGGAGGACCGUGGCCGUAUCGUUAGUGCGAAACGAACUCAAUCGUAAAUAACCUCGAUAACGACAAAUAACCAAUACAAAAUUAAUGGGUGUCCGAUUAUUAGUGGGUACUCGUAUAGAGCCGUCGUCAGUCGUACGCCAGUGUUCGCUCAAUUCGAAUAGCCGUGAAAGAUGCCGAAAACUAAAGCUGACCCACUCUAUUCGAAAAUGGAGCAUGUCACAUGUUCGGCACAUGAACUGCACAGGGUUACAGAAGAUGUGCGUAGACAUUUUCCAAAAGUAGACGCUUUAACGUCAAAUGUCAAGAAAAUAUUUUUAAAAUGUCCAUCUCGAGUACUAUAACAUUUAAAGAAACAGCACCAGGAAUUCUUGCGCCACCACAACCGAUAUAAAUUGGUGGGGGGUACAUGGUUAAUGGCGGCUAUAUAUUAUUGUGAACAUUACCAAUUGAUUAAAUCCGUUGUAAUGGAAUUCGAUAAAGACGGCGCUGCUGUUGCAAUUGAAAAUGCACAAACAUUACUGGCCGAUAAUAGUUUGGAAUUUAAUCUAGCGUUUAUAAAAGCGAACUACGGUGACUUACCGAAAUGUAUAAUAACUUUACAAACGUCUGGGUUAUUGUCGGCCGAUGCAAUCGGUAUUAUUGAUAAAGUAAGAAAUGAAAUCGGAACAGAUAAGAGUAAAAUAAGGAAAACCACAAAUCAAAAAAUUUGAAAAUGUAAUUGAAAAAAAUAAAGAAUAUAAAGCGAUGAAAAAUAUUUCAAAUACUUUGGAGGGAAAUAUGACAAUUCGAGACGAUAUAUAUCUGAAGAACUAACCCGCUGCUGAUAUGGCAUAUAUGAAGUUUGUCCCAAUGACUUCUUGUAACGUCGAACGAAGUUUCUCAAAACGACACUAUUGGAUAACCGCAGAUUUUUGUUCGAAAAUAUCAAGCAUCGUAUUAUUGAUGAAAAAAAAAAAUAUAAUUAUAAAAUUGUAUAGUUAAUAAAUUAUUCAUAAAUUAAUUAUUAAUUCAAAAUAUUUUUCAGACUAAAACAGCAGAUAAGUGAGAAGACAAGAAAAGUUCUUUUUUUAUUGUAUUUAAUUUUUUUUUAUAAUGAUGUGUUUUUUUAUAAGCAUUAAGUAAUAUUUUAAUUUUUUUAGGGCAUUGUUUAGUGCAUUUUUUUAGGACUUUUUCUUAUUUUUUUUUUUUUUUUAGAACAUACACAGACAUACAGUAUAGUAUUAUAAUAACGAUAUAUUAAAAUAAUUUAGAAUUUAUAAUUGUUUGUUUUUUUUUUUUUUUUGUUUUUGUUUUCCAAACUAUUUUAAGGACAUAAUAAUGACAAUAUAUUAGUGGGUAAUUUUUAGGCUACAGGUACACACAUGUUUAAAGUCGUGUUUAGGGCGUGUUUCUGUCGGCCCUAAUUAUAAUAUCGUAACUUUAUAACCUAAGAAUGCAAUUAUAAUAUAACGUAUAAUAACGUUCUAAUUUGGGGCGAGAGCGCGUGUGUGGGGGUGGUGAUGGGUGUGUGUGUGUGUGUGUGUGUGUGCGUGUGCGUGCGGGUGUGUGUUUACAUAUGUAAAUAUUCAAAGAGAAAAAAAGAUGCGUGCGCGCUCUUUUCACGGGCAUAUAUGCCCAGGUGUAGAUUUAUAUACACGUACAGUAAAUAAUAUGAUUCGGAAGGAGAAGGGGGCGGGCGGGUAUUGCGCGUUUACAAUUUGUCGACGAUCUCGUACUUUUUACGGAAAUCCAACGAACCGUCGCCGGUAGCGGCCGUGCGUCGCGAAUCUUGUCUCUUGCGUUCGGCCAACCGUCUGCGCAGUUCCGCGGCCGUCAUGUUCAAAUUCAGCGUCGUCGCACCGG